AUGAUCGCACCUCUUGCCAAGAUUUCCGUCGUCGCCGCGUUGCUCUCAGUUGGAGUUUCCGCAGUACCUACCGUUGAUACUCUACUUUCCCGAAGAGCUAUUGCUGGUCUUUCUAUCUCACAAGAAUGCGAGAAUACGAUCAAAAAUCUUCUCAGCUCGCCCGCCGCCACUUGCAUGAAUCUACCAGGAACAGUCGCCAUCAUCUCCACCGUCGCAAACUCGUCCUGGAUCCCACCAACAAACAAGUGGCUUAGCGAUUUUUGCGGUGCGCCGGAUUGCACUGGUGACCAGAUCACUUCGACGCUCAAUACGGUCAUGGACGGCUGCGCCAACGACGUCGCACAAUUGGGCGUUGCCAUUCCAAGGGAGCAGAUUAUCUCGAAUUCGGUUACGUACUUCCCGCAAGCCAAGUCCGCUCUGUGCCUUCGCGACUCGAGUAACAGCAACAAGCUUUGCGCAAUCACAACACUCGAAAGCCUGCAAACGGCACUCGGUGGUGCGCCACUGACUCCCGCCGUGGUUCAAGAAAAGUACACGCUUUUGCUCGCAAACAACUACGCACUCGCCAAGCAUAUCGCUUGCACGCCAUGUACGUCGGCGGCAUUCGCACUGGUCCGACCCGCUCUGCCACAAAGCAUUCUUGACACGGUCGAUGGAUUUGUCGGUAACCAAUGCGGUGUCGACUUUACUUCUCAACCGACUGGAAGUAUCGCCGUCGUGACCGGGACGGCAGCCCAACUCGCCGCUUCUGCAACGGCUAGUUCAUCGCCUUCUGCCGGGUUCGCCUCGUUCUCGCUCAACCUACCCGUGGCUAUUUUGGUUGGCGCGGCGUCGAUCGCUUCGUUCCUCCUCUAG